CUUUACAUCGAUUUCUAGUUUGUAAGAAAAGCGACUUCUUUUCUACCUAUUCCAAUUCCAUCUCUCAGAGACAUUUUAGAAAAAUCCCAUGGAAAACAUUAAUGUUUCAUAGCAGUGAUUAACCAUAGCUAGUUCCCUGAAACCCCAACAACUCCAAAUCUCUCUCAGUUUAUCCUCUGAAUUUGUUCAAAAGCGAUGAAUUCUGAUGAAAGGCCUCAACAAGUAACAGGCGUUGUUAUAAUAACUCUUCCACCAUCAGACAAUCCUUCUUAUGGCAAAACGAUCACAGCUUUUACUCUUUCUAAUGAUGAUGUUUUACCUCAAUCCCUCCGAACUCAAAAACCCGACCAGAAUUUGCCAACGACCCAUGUUGUAACAUCGCCUCCACCUUCACCCCAAAACCCUCAACAUGGAUUCUCAUUCUCUAGGCUCUUUUCUGAUAACCCAAGGAGACUGUUGGGCUUUCUCGGUAUCUCUCUUUUUGCUCUUCUUUUUUGUAGCUCGUCCUUCUCCAACACUUCUGUGGAAUUAAGGAAUUCCAACGACAGUGAUAAUGAAAAGCCACGGUCUUUUAUCUUUCCUCUGUAUCAUAAACUGGGAGCUGCUGAUACGGAGCUCAAGCUGGGGAGAUUUGUGGAUGUUGAUAACGAGAAUUUGGUGGUUUCAAUUGAUAGUGUUCCUAUGGGAACUCGGAAGGUCAACAAAUUGGUGGGUGCUACUGCUGCUGUAAUCCAUCCAUCUGCUACUACUAUUUUGCCUGUCAGGGGAAAUGUUUAUCCAGAUGGAUUGUACUUCACAUACAUGCUUGUUGGGAAUCCUCAAAGACCUUAUUUUCUUGAUAUUGAUACUGGUAGUGACUUAACAUGGAUACAAUAUGCUCCUUGCAGCAGUUGUGCCAAGGGAGCAAACCCUCUAUACAAACCAACAAGAGUCAAUAUCAUAACACAAAAGGACUCAAUGUGCAUGGAGGUCCAAAAGAAUCAAAAGCCUCAAAAUUGUGAAACCUGCCAACAGUGUGACUACGAGAUUGAAUAUGCUGAUCAUAGCUCAUCCCUGGGGGUUCUUGCAAGAGAUCAGCUUCACCUAUUGACUGCAAAUGGAUCAAUUACCAACUUAGAUGUUGUUUUCGGGUGUGCAUAUGAUCAGCAAGGAAUACUUUUGAACACUCUGUCAAAGACAGAUGGAAUUCUUGGACUAAACAGGGCUAAAGUUAGUUUGCCUUCUCAAUUGACAAGCAAGGGAAUUAUUAACAAUGUGGUCGGCCAUUGUCUUGCAACAGAUGUCGCUUCCAGUGGAUAUAUGUUCUUAGGUGAUGAAUUUGUACCAAACUGGGGCAUGUCAUGGGUCCCUAUGCUUGGAAGCCCUUCAAUAAAAUUUUACUGCACGCAACUUGUGAAAAUCAAUUAUGGAAGUAGCUCCCUCAGCUUAGGCGGACAAGACAGGAACAUUGGCAGUGUUGUGUUUGACAGUGGGAGUUCUUAUACGUACUUCACAAAACAAGCAUAUGAUGAAUUGGUCUCUUCUCUUAGUGAGGUUUCUGAGUUGGGAUUUCUCCAAGAUGCAUCGGACCCAACACUUCCAAUUUGUUGGCGCGCUCCGUUCCCUAUCAGAUCUGUCAUGGAUGUUAAAAAGUUCUUCAAGACUUUAACCCUUCAGUUUGGGAGCAAAUGGUGGAUAAUAUCCAAGAAGUUCCAUAUUCCUCCACAAGGGUACUUGAUCAUUAGUAAUAAAGGUAACGUCUGCAUGGGCAUCCUGGAUGGAAGCAAUGUACAUGAUGGAUCCACAUUUAUACUUGGAGACAUAUCGCUGAGGGGGCAAUUGGUGGUUUAUGACAACGAGAAGCAGAGGAUAGGGUGGACUGAAUCAGAUUGUGGGAGGCCAAGAAGAUUGAAGACUCUCCCCUUCUUUGAAGGAUAGUGACCUUAUAUUAUAAGACACUAUUA